AUGAAUUAUGAAGUCUUCUCCAGGGAAAGGGGAUUGGUUAAUAGGUGCGGCAAUGUACCCUCACAUAUUGGUGGUGAGUGGAUAGCCCCGGUGACUAGGCCAAUAAGUGUCUACAGUAACCCGGUAAAGAUAGCAAAGGAUCGCAAAAAAAGUGACAAAAUCGUAUGUGACUCACAGGAGAGGGCAUUUUGGCGAGUAUGUCGACCACCACCAAACUGCCCAAAUAGCUUCGACGUACUAUCUCUGCCAUCAAGAGCUUGGUUGAUGAGGCCACCACCUCGCAAACGCACUCUUACAGAUGUAAAACGUGAGGUAGAACUCCUACAGAAUAGCUUAACUCGAACAAGAAUAAAGUUUUCAGUUGCUGUUGAAAAUCUUACAUCAUAUUAUAAAGUAUACAUAGAACAUGAUCCAAUGAUUACGCAACCACAACCAUCAAAUCCAUGGAUCACAGAAGAUGCUACAUUUUGGCAAUUAAAUAGCCCAUUAGUCAACGUUUCUACUGAAAGACGUGUUAAAAGAUGGAAAAUAUCUUUGGAAGAGUUGAUGUCAGAUCCAUCAGGCCUGCAGGAGUUCACCAAUUACUUAAAAAAAGAAUACUGUCUUGAAAAUAUUCGGUUUUGGUUAGCUGUUAAACACCUCAGACAUAGUUCUCAAACGAAAAUUCAUGAAAAAGUUGAAGAAAUUUUCAAGGAAUUUUUAGUGUCUGGAGCGCCAAGUGAAAUAAAUAUUGACAGUAAGGCCAAAGAAAAAGUACAUCAGGCAAUGAAGAGUCCAAAUAGGUUUAUAUUCGAUUCUGCUGCUGAGCACGUCUACACAAUGCUAUUGAAAAAAGACUGUUAUCCAAGGUUUAUUCGUUCUGAACAUUUUCAAAAUCUUCUUACGGCUGCAUUCAGGCCACUCCGGAAAAAUACAUUUUUCAACUUUGGUGGUCAGGGAAAAAAGAAAGCACCAGUAGGUGCACCAUUAUCUGUAUGUAGUCUGCAACAACAGCAGCAUGGACAUUCUGGAGGCCUUGGAACUUUAGGUAGACGCAGGGGCAGUGAACGUAGUUUAUCUGGCUCAGCCCAUGAAUUGGUCUUGUGUGGCGUUAGAGAUGCAGCAGCUUUGCCUCCUCAAGUGUCACACUCUCACAGCCAAUCAAAUCUUACGGACAUUCCUUACAGGGAUGCUACAAAAACAGAGACGGUGCCUCAGCCUACAGAUGAUGUAUGCCCGUGGGAAACAGCUCAAACAGCAGUUACUCCUAGACAAAAAUCAUUAACUAGAGCUAGAAUACAUAAGUCACAUCAGCUUUUUUCUGUGCAUCCUAAAUCAGCAGCCUCAACUUUGUCAUUAGUUAAAGUGUCUUGUCAAGACUCCGAGAAAGAGUUCAACUUGUUUUCUUCGUCUUCAGACGUUAGUGUAGGUGUGAAAGAGGUCUCAAAUCAGCUCCAUGAAUGUAAUAGUAUCUUUGCAGCUGCUAAUACCUCUUAUCAUUCAAACUAUACACAUCACCGUUAUUUUCAUGAUUAUCAUGAGCAGCAAUAUUCAGGAGCACUUUCACUCAAUCCAGAUCAAACGCAGACUAAUUUUUCCAUUGGCUUAGCACAGAAAAUAAGCUCCAAAAAUCAAUUGCCAGAAACUUCAAGAGCAAGUAUUUCAUCCUGUUAUUUUUCUUCAUCUCAUAAUUCUUUGGACUCGUCAUACAAUCAGAGACAACAGUUACGUCAUCAAGCAGCUAGCAUUACUGAAGUAUUAAUAACAAGCCCUGUAAAUACUAUACCUCACAAGAUAUUAGAGGAUUCUCUGAAGUUGGAAAAAAUAUCUCUGUAA